AACUGUGUUUGCACCGGAGAAGAUGUCGUUGCCUGAGCAAAUUACAACCAAUCUGGAAAAGAUGAAAAGUGGAUUUGGCACAUUUCCAUUUACUAUUGCAUUAUUCGGAUUGGAAAUGUUAAUGGAUCGUGAAUUUUCUUGCCCGUGUGCCCCAGGUCUCAACGUGACCCUGAUCGUCUUCCUCUUCGUCGGUCCUGCUUUCCUGGCUCUGACUGUGUUGGUGUUCAUUCGGAGGCCUUGUAGACGUAAAUCGCAAAAUUUCGCUGAGCUCUUUUCAUUUUGUCUGAUUCCUCCUUCACUGUGGAUCUUUCUGCUGUUAUUUGAGGGUGAAUAUGUGGCUUGUGGUUUGGCGCACUGGGAAGGAGACUACGUUUUGGAUGAAGGGCGUCAGAUUAAAUGGUGCAAACCCAGUGGAAUGAAUGACAACGAAACGAUCAGAACCGACCUGCUAGAACUGACUGAAAAGAUCACUUUCUACUCCAGGCUUUCUGCUUUAGCUCUUCUGUUUCUUCUCUGCAUUUCCAUCAUGGCUGUCCUCGUUUGGAAAGACUGUAAGACCAGACCUUUGAAGCAGCUGGAGAAAUUGGAUGAAGAAACUCAACAAACAAAAUCUCUCAACGAAUCGGAAGCAAAACAACAGCAACAACCAGUUUGAACACUUCAAAAACAAAGAGUACAGGUUUAUGAAUCUGUCUGAAACAAUGUUUGAAUUUUAGGAGUGCAUGAUGUUUUUUGUUGUUUUGUAUGUGAAAAGUCAGGCAUUGUACAACAGGAUAUGUGAUGCACCACACAAUUGAAGCUUUCACCAAAUUGAAUUAUCAAAAAUUAUUUAAAAUUAAUAACCUGAUUAUUAUUUCUUGCUUUUAAAUGAUCAUGAACAGAUAUGUAAAAAAAGUCUACUAGAAAGAUCUCACGCUUUAAAAAAAGAUGGCGCCGUUUUAUUUUAAAAGUCACUAAUACUUAAAUUUAUAUUUUAAAUUUGGAAGAAAUGUCAAUAGUAAUAGUAUAGCCAGUCGUUUACAAACAAGUAAGUACUAAGUAAGUGGGUAGAGGGCUUAGGUAGUUUUGAAAAUUCACCAGAAAUGGUUUUAUAUUUGCAUUUCCAACUACACAAGCAAAAAAAAAUCUUACUUCAUUUGUCAGUAAAUAAAAAAAUACAAAAAUAAAAUUAUUUUAACAAACUGAUUAGAUGCCUUGUUAAAUCUUUUCAACUAAAGAGGUGGAGGAGUUUAUUUUAGCUUAAAAGAGGUAGUGAGAUACUUUAUGCCAACAGAGUACCUAGUUUGCUUGUUGUCUGGUUGUGUUGUGAAUGAAAUUCACAACACAACCAGACAACAAGCAAAACUAUAAUUAUGCUCAACAAUUAUAAUCCACAAGCUUUAACAUAUUUAAAAACACAGGCAAGAAUUAAUAUUCACUUCUGCAUAACUGAUGAGUUUUAUGACGUUUAUUGUCAUCCUUUGACUCCAGAAAAAGCAAAGUGAGAGCUGAGUGAUAUGACACGAUGCAUAAAUGUGCAUGGAAGACUUAUGUUCAGCUGUCUACAUGUCUCUGUUGCCUCAUUUCAAACAUGCACAGCAAAUUUCAUAAUGUAUGUGAUGAAGUAAGAAAAAAUUUAAAUAACAAACAUUAACAUUGACCUCAUGCCUCUUCGGGGUGGUGGUGAAAAAAAUUAUAAUUCACAUAUCCCUCAUUUUGUGUUUUGACAUGGAAUGAACAAAAGGCUGAGUACUGCUUUUUAAAGCUCAUCACACACCGGACUAAGAGGGCUGUGCUACAUCUUUUAAAACAUUGAUGCAUUGCUUGGCAAUGUAUAGAAAACAAUGUAAAAAAAAAUGUCAUUUAACACUGUCGUUAUUUAAAAAAUAAAAGUCCCACAUGCAUAAUUAGCUUAAUAGAAGCUUAGAUA